CCAGAAUGCACGGCAGCAUCCAAGCCUUCCUCAACCGCCAAGGAGUGCUGCAUCACGUCGUUAUUAAUGACCUCCAACAGGUCUUGGAGAAGGAGCAAAAUCAGGCGCAGGCGAAGCCUAUCAACAGCAAGGACGACACUCGCAUUUCAUUCACCAAGUACGAACGCUACGAUGAUAUUCGGAAGUACUUGUCGCAGUUGGAAUCAAGCUAUCCCCGUACAGUGACUGUGCAGGCCAUCGGAAACACAUCCGAGGGACGCCCUAUAGAUAUCAUCCAGAUAUCCUCUGGAGGGGGCGGCAGCAGGCCCGUCAUCCUGAUCGACGCGGGCAUCCACGCCAGGGAGUGGAUCGCGCCAGCUGCCGCUCUCUACGUCAUCAACCAGCUGGUCGAGAACGCAACGGCGAGUUCGCUCACAGGCAGCGUCGACUGGCACAUCAUCCCUUUGCUCAACCCUGAUGGCUACGAGUACUCUCUCACAAAGGACCGCAUGUGGAGGAAGACAAAAUCAAGAAAAUCCGGUUCGUGCUUUGGAGUGGAUGCCAACAGGAACUUUGGUUUCCACUGGAACGAGAUCGGCGCCAGCAACAACCCCUGCUCUGAACUCUAUGCUGGCCCUCAUGCCUUCUCAGAACCUGAGACGCAAGCUCUCCGAGACUACGUCCUGAAGAACUCCAAACGCAUCAAGCUCUACCUAACGUUUCAUAGCUAUGGACCCCAAAUACUCUAUCCGUGGGGAUACACUAGCGAACUGCCUGACGACUGGAAAACCCUGGACGCCUUGGCAAGCAAAGCAAAUGAAGCCCAGAUAGCUGCUGGGGGUCCUAAGUACGGGGUCGGCAGCUCUACAAACGUCUUGUACGCUGCCGCAGGCGGCAGUGAUGACUGGAUCAAGGGUGUUGGCGGAGUAGCCCUCUCCUACACCAUCGAAUUUCCCGGUGGUGGUAGCAUGGGUUUCUUCCCUCCAGCAUCAGACAUCCUGAAAAUCGUGACGCCAUUCUUCGAAGCCGUGCGCGUCUACGGGAAAUAUGUUGCUGAUAACUAUGGAUAAAAAGAAAUACCACUAACUGAUCAUUUGCACAUGAUACACGUAUUGCUGGAAUAAACAGAGAAUACUUUAUAA